UUACAAAUGUCUGACCAUUUGGUAAUUUUAUAACAUAUCUUUUUCUCUAAUCUCCGUUCUUUGAGAGAGAAAACAAAAGAAGAAGAGAGACGUUAGGGGUUCUUCUUGUAUUAUCCUCAGAUUUCAGCACAGAGACGAUAGUUUUGGACUGUAGCUUGCUCCCACAAUCUUUCUUAAGCUUCCUCACCGCACAGCUUUUGUCAUUUCAAGGUUCUGCAGUCUCUCCGAAGCUAAUUAGCCAUCAUCUCAGUGUGUUCACUUCAAUAUAGUCCAGUAAUGCUAAGAUUCUUCUUGCAAGUAGAAUAAUAAUUUGAAAGGACUGUUUGUCGUUGUUAUAUAUGAUGGAUAGAAACAGACAACAGCAUCCGUUCCAACAACACCCUAUGGAACCUGGUGGGUAUGUGAAUGACUAUGUCCCUCAACCUCAAGCAUUUACUCCUGAUCAAACAGUCAACACGAGUGCUAAUGCUCGGCCUCCCAAUACUUCAGAAGUUAGGCCGGGGCUUCAUUACUCCAUACAAACAGGAGAGGAGUUCUCUCUCGAGUUUCUGCGAGAUCGGGUGAUUUCUCAAAGGUCUGCAAACCCUAAUGCAGCUGGUGACAUGGUGGGAAAUGGGAUGAGGGAGUACGAGAGAACAAACUACCCGCUUCAUGAGUUUGGUAAUAAACUCGGGCAUAUCCAGUCAGCACCAGAAGCUUCGUUAUGUCAUGAUACAAGUUUAGGCAACUUUCAUGGAUAUUCAUCUUCUUCAGCCUCAGGUAGUGUAACAGCAAAGGUUAAAGUCCUUUGCAGCUUUGGUGGGAAGAUACUCCCACGUCCGGGAGAUUCAAAGCUUAGAUACGUUGGAGGCGAAACUCACAUUAUAUCCAUAAGAAGGGACAUAUCUUGGCAGGAGCUCAGGGCAAAAGUUCUUGAAAUCUACUACCAGACUCAUGUUGUCAAGUAUCAGCUUCCCGGCGAAGAUCUCGACGCCUUGGUGUCUGUAACGUGCGAUGAAGAUCUCGGGAACAUGAUGGAGGAGUAUAAUGAGAUGGAGAACCGUGGGGGUUCGCAGAAGCUUAGAAUGUUUCUGUUCUCUGUCGCUGAUUUGGAUGGUUCUCUCUUGAGGGUUAAGCCAAAUGAUGUUGACUCUGAGUUUCAGUAUGUUGUAGCUGUAAAUGAUAUGGACAUUGGAUCAAGAAGCAACUCAACUCUUAAUGGAUCUGCUAACAAUUUAGCUGAGAUGGAUGUUAGGAACAACACCGAAGCCAUCAACAUCAACAACGGUGUUGCCCCUUCGCAGUUACAAUCCUCUUUACAGUACUCUGACUCUGCACCACAAAGCUCGUUGCUGCAGUAUCCUCAAUCUAUACCACCCCAUGCUGCGUUUCAGUUUCAGCAAGCUGUUCCUCCCAGUUCUACUCUUCAGUAUGCUCAGUCCAUUCCGCCAAGUCCUUCUCUUCAGUAUCCUCAGUCUGUUCUCCCAGGUUCCACUCUUCAGUAUCCACCAAGCUCUUAUGGAAUGUACCCACAAUAUUAUGAAGAACGGCAGCAGUUCCCAAUGCAUCAUGAACACAGUUCUUCCAAUUACUCUAUUUCCAUACCUUUCCAAGGGCAGCCAUACCCUCACCCUGGUGGUGCCAUACAGCAAAACGCAGCAGUGCAGGGAAGAGAGGUAAACGUUAAACCUGAGAUGAGAGUUCGUGAGAAUAAUAUAGAGCCGGAAUCUCGCCAGAAUCCUCCUCAAGUGGACAAUCUCGAGGUUAAGAAUCACUGCGAAGCUCUUCCGGAGCCAUCAGUUUCCGCAACUGUACCUAGCCAGGAUGCUACGACACAUAUGUUGCCCCCAAGAAGAGACCCACGACAGAACACUCCUAUAAAGCCUCCUGCUACAUACCGUGAUGCUGUUGUUCGUGAGCAGGUUCCUGUAUCUGGUGGUGAGGAUGAUCAGCUUUCGACAUCAAGUGGUCUUGCUCAAACUGACUCUGAGUCAAAUUUAAUCGAUCUUGAUUACUCGGAGCCUUCACCACCCACACGGAGAGUGUACCGUUCUGAGAGGAUACCUCGUGAACAGUUGGAAAUGCUAAACCGCUUGUCAAAGUCUGAUGACUCGUUAGGCUCUCAGUUCUUAAUGUCUCAUUCACAAGCCAACACUGGGCAGCAGCAGCAAGAUCCUGCAAAACAAGGAGAGGGUAAAUCACAUGAAAUUGGGGCAUUGAAUGAGCAAAAGAUUUUAAACCCUGACACUACCAACAAUAACAACAUGGUUAAUGGUGGAGGUACGGAGGCUGAAGCUCCUAAUCUUAGCCAUAAAGACACAGCCACCAAUCAUGUUAUCCCUGAAGACCAAGCUUCCCCAGGUGUUGUUAUUGACAUCAAUGAUCGGUUUCCUCAGGACUUCCUUUCUGAAAUAUUUGCAAAGGCACUCUCUGAAGACGGGCCACCAGGGGACGUCAGUGCAUAUCAGCAUGAUGGUGCCGGUGUUAGUUUGAAUGUAGAGAAUCAUGAUCCUAAGAACUGGUCUUAUUUUCGGAAACUGGCCGAUGAACAGUUCAGUGAAAGAGAUCUCCCACCUGGCUUUCCAUCUGACAUGGAAGAUAGCAGAGGGAUUACCAAGUUGCACCACGUCGCUCCAGUGGCCAGAGAUGGCAUUUCAACAGAGAACCGCGCUGAUCCUCAGCAGAAUUUAGGUCAAGCUUAUGUUGGUGGCGCAAAUGAGGAUGCACAGAUGAAGGUCACAGAGAGUGAGGAGUUUGGUGCUAUGGUUGAGAAUCUAAGGACGCCAGAUAGUGGACAUGAGGAUGAAAAGACAGAAACAAGGAAUGCUGUUCCUCCACUUGGUUCGUCUCCGGCAGAUUAUGACUUACAGAUCAUUAUGAAUGAUGAUCUCGAGGAGCUAAAGGAACUUGGUUCUGGCACGUUUGGUACAGUGUAUCAUGGGAAAUGGAGAGGAUCAGAUGUUGCCAUCAAGAGGAUAAAGAAGAGUUGCUUUGCUGGUCGAUCAUCUGAACAAGAAAGAUUAACUGGUGAAUUCUGGGGAGAAGCUGGAAUACUUUCAAAGCUUCAUCAUCCAAAUGUGGUUGCAUUUUACGGUGUUGUAAAAGAUGGACCUGGUGGAACAUUGGCUACUGUAACAGAGUACAUGGUUGAUGGUUCUCUAAGACAUGUUCUACUCAGAAAAGAUAGACACCUGGAUCGUCGUAAGAGACUAAUCAUUGCCAUGGACGCUGCAUUUGGAAUGGAAUAUUUGCACGCCAAGAACAUUGUUCACUUCGAUUUGAAAUGUGACAACUUACUUGUGAACCUCAAAGAUCCUUCUCGCCCAAUCUGCAAGGUUGGUGACUUUGGCUUGUCGAAAAUUAAAAGAAAUACGUUGGUAUCUGGCGGUGUACGUGGAACCCUUCCAUGGAUGGCACCAGAGCUUCUAAACGGCAGCAGCAGCAAAGUUUCAGAGAAGGUCGAUGUCUUCUCUUUUGGUAUAGUCUUGUGGGAGAUUCUAACCGGAGAGGAACCAUAUGCCAAUAUGCACUAUGGUGCUAUAAUAGGUGGGAUAGUGAACAACACACUGAGGCCGACCAUACCAAGUUACUGUGAUUCAGACUGGAGAGUACUAAUGGAGGAAUGUUGGGCGCCUAUUCCAACGGCAAGGCCAUCCUUCACUGAGAUAGCUGAUCGUUUACGUGUGAUGUCAACUGCUGCAACUUCCAACCAAUCCAAACCACCAGCUCACAAUAAGGCUUCAAAGUAAAAGAGUCUUUCUUCUUUGUAGACUUUCUAUACUCGUGUUUGGGUCAGGAGGAAGAUAUUUGUUGACCCUUUUCUCCUUUCCCCUUUUCUUUUACCAAAACCAAAAAUAAAAACAAGUUACGUAAUAAAAUUGGUUUGAGGCGUUGUAUCAACAGGGGAAGUAGUUUACUUUAAUCUCAUAGUAUUGUUUUUACUAAUGUGGAAAACAACUUUUAACAGA